AUGGUCGCACAGAGUGGACACAGUACGCUAAGUGUCAGUGUCCUCUGGCUGUUGCUGUCCUGGGACCCUGUGAAGAUGCUGGCCUGCCUUCUCGUCUUCUCUGCCCUGGGUUUCCCAGCAUGGGGCAUUCCUACCAUAAUUUCCCGAAAGGAGUGGGGUGCAAGUCCACUGACCUGCAGGACCCUACUUAGCCCACCUGUGUCCUACCUCAUGAUGGAGCAGCUUGCCACGAUGGAGUGCCAAGAUCAGACCACCUGCAGUCAGACAGUGCGAGUCCUACAGUCCCAUUCUGUUCACAACAAAGGCUGGUGUGAUGUGGCCUUCAACUUCCUGGUUGGGGAUGAUGGCAGGGUGUACGAAGGUGUCGGCUGGCUUGUCCAAGGCUUGCACACUCAAGGCUACAAUAACGUUUCCCUGGGCAUUGCCUUCUUUGGAAAUAAGAUAGGCAGCAGUCCCAGUCCUGCCGCUCUCUCGGCUGCAGAGGGCCUGAUCGUCUAUGCCAUCCAGAAUGGCUACCUGUCCCCCAGGUACUUUCGGCCACUUCUCUUGAAAGAAGAGACCUGCUUGAUUCCUCAAAAUUCAGAGAUUCCUCAGAAAGCAUGCCCCAACAUCACGCCACGGUCUGCUUGGGAGGCCAGAGAGACACACUGUCCUCAAAUGGACCUUCCAGCCAGAUUUGUCAUCAUCAUCCACACUGCUGGGAGAAGUUGCAAUGUAUCUGUGGACUGCCUCGUUGGUGUCAGAGACACACAGUCAUUUCACAUGGACAAACAAGACUUCUGUGACAUUGGAUAUCACUUCCUGGUGGGCGAGGACGGUGGAGUGUAUGAAGGGGUCGGCUGGCAUAUCGAAGGUUCUCACACCUACGGAUACAAUGAUGUUGCUCUAGGAAUUGCCUUCAUGGGAAACUUUGUAGAAAAGCCUCCAAAUGUUGCUGCGCUGAAGGCAGCUCAGGAUCUGAUCCAGUGUGCUGUGGUCAAGGGAUACCUGACCCCCAACUACACGCUGAUGGCUCACAGUGAUGUGUCCAACACUCUGUCCCCUGGGAAAGCAUUGUACAACAUCAUCAAGACAUGGCCUCACUCCAAGCACUGAGGGAGGCCCAGACACUUCUGAGGCUGCUCUUCUCCUGAUCGAUGUCUGGCUUCAUUUCCCA